UUUACCUUUAAUUGAAAUUGAUAGAUACCCAGAUACCCAGAUACACACCUACCUUUCUACCUACUCAUAACUAUGCCAUAUGUAGAUUAAGACUUAUUACAAUUCCUCAUCUUCAUACAUCUUAUUUACUUUCAGUCUUUCCAGUCAGAAACUGCUCCCUAGAUCUAGAAAACUGGUGGUGCUUAUCUUGUUUCUCGUCCUGGCAAGUCAUCUAUUCAAUCCCUACACAGACUAGUAUACUCCAUCCGUCGCAUACUUUUUCUGUCUUCUUGCCCUGAGCCCUCUAUCAUCCCUUUUCUCGUCGUGUGAAGGGGUACGGAGGGAGAAGGUAAUAGAUAAUAGGAAAAGGGAAGAAGAGGAAACCCUGAAAAAUGGCGGGCACACAAACACCGGCCGGGAAGACGCCCUCCGGAUCUAGAAAGGCCGGCUCAAUAUCGUCAUCUGCUACCUCUGGAAGACAGCAGCAAAGCAUCCUCGGGUUCUUUGCCAAAGCCUCGCCUGUUCCUACCUCUUCUCCCACGCCCUCGUGCCUUAAGGAAACUACCAAAUCCAAUAGAAAGCCAUCAAACACUACCCCUGUCCCUAGCAGCGAUGCCUUGGAACCUUCUAGUUCACAAGAAAACCACGGCUCUGCUGCCACCUUAAAGCUCAAUUCCUUCGCCCAUCCAGCCCCGAGCAGUAGUCCCACCCUCAAGCCUAGGAAAACCGUGAGCUACGCUGAGUCUGACGAAGACGACAACGACGAGGAAGUUUUAGUUGUCAAGAAAACCUCCAGAACACGCCAACGUGGUCGCCAGCGCUCUAGGAUCGUCGACGACGAAGACGACUACGAUGAGAGUAAAGAGGCCGAAGAUGAAGAUGAUGAGAUGGCCGAUUUUGUAGUUUCCGACGAUUCGGACGGACCAACAAAAAAGCGGAAGCGUCCCUCAAAACCGCAACCUGCGCGCAAACGCUCUCAGGCCUUUUCCCCGAGUUCUAAAGGGGAAAACAAUGACCAGAUUGACAGUGACAACGAUCAUGACGAGACAAUGGAAGAAAUGCCCUCAACCUCGACUGCUCAACAGUGGCGAUACGAUCCAGAUAAUGUUGAGCCGGCAAAACCGAGACCAGCUGUUGAGCAUACCGCCAAAGCCUCUGGGGCCAAACAAAAAGCGCACACGCGUGAACCCGAAGACCGCUAUCCAUGGCUCGCUAAUAUCAGCGACAUCAAUCGCAAUCCCCCAGGCCACCCAGAUUAUGACCCUUCCACCGUCUACGUCCCCCCUGUGGCAUGGGAUAAGUUUUCGGCCUUUGAAAAGCAAUACUGGGAGAUCAAACAGAAACUCUGGGAUACCGUUGUCUUUUUUAAGAAAGGCAAGUUCUAUGAACUUUACGAGAACGACGCAACUAUUGGCCAUCAGCUCUUCGAUCUAAAACUUACCGAUCGCGUGAAUAUGCGCAUGGUCGGCGUUCCUGAGAGCUCGCUGGACAUGUGGGUAAACCAGUUCAUUGCCAAAGGCUAUAAAGUUGCCCGUGUCGAUCAGAUGGAGACGGCAUUAGGCAAAGAAAUGCGAGAGAGGGUCGAUGUCAAAGCCAAGAAGCAGGACAAGAUCAUCCGUCGGGAGCUAGCCUGCAUCCUCACUGGUGGCACGCUCGUUGACGGGAGCAUGCUUCAAGACGACAUGGCAACGUACUGCGUGGCCAUCAAGGAAUCCACCAUUGAUGACCACCCCGCAUUCGGCAUUGCUUUCGUCGACGCCGCCACGGGUCAAUUCUUUCUCUCGGAAUUUGAGGAUGAUGUUGAUUUGACUAAAUUUGAGACGUUUGUAGCCCAGACGAAUCCCAAGGAGCUGCUUCUUGAAAAGUCUCGUAUCUCCACCAAGGCCUUGCGUAUUCUGAAAAACAACACCUCACCUACUACGAUAUGGAACUACUUUAAGUCUGGUAGUGAAUUCUGGGAGGCCGACCUAACCCGGAGAGAACUCGGCUGCAACGGGUACUUUGGGGCUGACGAAGGAGCUGAGGAGCAUUGGCCUGAGAGCCUGGCUAAAGUGAGUGAGAAGGACUUGUUGAUGUCUGCUCUCGGUGCUCUUGUCCAGUACUUGCGAGUGCUCAAGAUCGAACGAAACUUGCUCUCCCAAGGCAAUUUUACUUGGUAUAGCCCCAUUCACAAGAAUGGCACUUUGAUUCUCGAUGGCCAGACACUUAUCAACCUGGAGAUUUUCGCCAACUCGGUCAAUGGGGGCUCGGGCGGGACUUUGUUUACCCUACUGAACAGAUGUGUAACACCCUUUGGCAAGCGUCUCUUUCGUCAAUGGGUAUGCCACCCAUUAUGCAACAUUGAAAAGAUCAACGAACGCUUAGAUGCCGUCGAUGCACUAAAUAAUGAUCCAACAACCAGGGAGAAAUUAUCCUCGCAGAUGACGAGGAUGCCAGAUUUAGAACGUCUAAUCUCUCGAAUACAUGCAGGUGCUUGCCGGGCUGAUGACUUCGCAAAGGUCCUUGAAGGGUUUGAGCAGAUCGAAAUUACCAUUGGCAUGCUAGACUCUUUCAGCAAUGGGGAUGGCCUCCUCGGCCGUCUUGUUAUUUCCUUACCAAACCUCAGUGAACCGCUUUCGUAUUGGAAGAACGCCUUCAACCGCCAGAAGGCUAAGGAAGAGAAGAUCCUGGUGCCUGAGCGCGGUAUCGAGGAGGACUUUGAUGCAAGCCAUGAUAAAAUCACAGAAAUCAAGGAUGAUCUACAGGCCUUACUCAACAAGCAAAAGACUGAGCUUAAGAACAAAUCCCUCAAGUUCACCGAUGUUGGAAAGGAGGUUUAUCAGAUUGAAGCUCCCAAAUCUGUCAAGGUCCCUAAGAAUUGGCAGCAGAUGUCUGCUACUUCGAGUGUCAAGCGCUACUACUUUAAAGAACUAACGGACCUGGUACGGAAGCUACAAGAAGCCGAGGAGACUCACUCACAGCUUGUUCGAGACGUCACGCUGCGUCUCUUCCAGAGGUUUGAUGUCGAUUAUACUACCUGGCUACAAGCCAUUCGCGUCAUGUCUCAACUGGAUUGCCUUCUCAGUCUCGCCAAGGCAUCUUCCUCCUUAGGCGAGCCAAGUUGCCGGCCCGUCUUCGUAGACGAAGAGCGCAGCGUAGUUGAAUUCGAGGAGCUCAGGCACCCCUGCAUGCUCAAUACUGUUGAUGAUUUUAUUCCCAAUGGCAUCGUCCUGGGUGGUGAUUCCGCCAAAAUCAAUCUCCUAACAGGCGCGAACGCUGCCGGUAAAUCUACAAUAUUAAGAAUGUCCUGUAUCGCAGUCAUCAUGGCACAGAUCGGUUGUUACGUGCCAGCCACCUCAGCCAAGUUGACACCUUGUGAUCGUAUUAUGUCGCGACUUGGCGCCAAUGACAACAUCUUCGCGGCACAGUCGACGUUCUUCGUUGAGCUAUCCGAGACCAAGAAGAUUCUUUCCGAAGCGACCCCACGCUCCCUUGUUAUCCUUGACGAGCUGGGACGCGGCACGUCCAGCUAUGAUGGCGUAGCUGUAGCUCAGGCUGUUCUACAUCAUGUAGCUACCCACAUUGGAUGUAUCGGCUUCUUUGCAACUCACUAUCAUUCGCUCGCCACCGAGUUUGAAAACCAUCCCGAAAUCAGAGCAAAGCGAAUGCAAAUACACGUCGAUGAAGAGCAGCGACGAGUCACAUUCUUGUACAAGCUCGAAGAUGGUGUGGCCGAGGGCAGCUUCGGUAUGCACUGCGCAGCUAUGUGCGGGAUUGCUAAUCGUGUCAUUGAGAGGGCAGAGGUUGCUGCUAAAGAGUGGGAGCACACCAGCAGGCUCAAAGACAGCCUUGAGCGUGCGCGAGAGGGGUGCUAUAUUCCCUUGGGCAUGUUGAGUGACGUUGCUGCUCUUCUUGAUGACGAGAAAUGCCAAGACGUUGGAUUACCAAGCCUGGAGGUACUCACGCGCGCAAUCGAGGCUUUGUGAGUGUGCGGCAGCAGAUGCUAUUAUGGGUACAUAUCGUAGGAAUGUCACGAGACGAGACGCUGUAUGUAUAGUGCUAUAGCUGUGUAUAUCGGGUGGAUCUCCUUUUCUUUCGGUAUAAGGGACUUGCUACGUGUGCACGGAGUCAUGGAGCCUAUGUUAUUAGUUACCUAGCCAGGUAAUUCAUUGCUAUUCGACGUUGUCAUAAGGCCAAUUAAACAAAUCAUUAUAAUUUUAUAGAUUUCGGAGUACUUUUUA